AUGAUACCAACUGGUCGCGACGUCUUCGAUACAACAGUGGCUGAAGCCAAGUCCUCAUUUGCUGCCAGCCAGAAGGAGAUUGAGAAGGAGGAUGAAUAUGAUAAGGACGAGAAUGAGGAUGAGGAUGAGGAUGAGGAUGAAGAUGAAGAUGAUGAGGACGAGGACGAGGACGAGGACGAGGAGCAUGACGAUGAUGCUUGGGCUUGCGACGAAUAUUACGGCAUGCCCCUACCAGCCCAAUUCAACUUUUCUCCUACAACCGACUAUGCGAGACUUGCUCGGUGGAUCAAGGCGCUCAGUGCUAACCCACCAACUGGACAACAACAGCCACGCAUUGUCUCUGUCAUCGCCACAUAUAGUACUGGCGACCAGAAGACAGGCCACAUAGCUUCAGCUGGCUCCGAUCCACUCUUGCGCGAGGACUAUAGUGCCGGAGUUACCGUGUCGGCAGCUGCCAAAGAAUAG